AUGCAACACUGUGGCACAACCAUCGCCGCCGCCGCCAUUCUUCAAGAUCUGAAGCUCUGCUUCGACUGCGCCGCGGGGGUUCGCGUGGGGCCCGUAAACGACCGCAGGGAAAUCCUUGUUUGCAUUCUUGCGCAGAUAAACGAGCCUAGUAUUGAAAUUGAAUCGCUCGACGGGAAAGGAGAAGCGGAAAUUGGUGAGUUUCUGUAUUCGAGUUUGAAGGGGCGGAGAUAUUUGAUCGUGAUAGAUGAUGUGCGCGAUGUGGGGAUCUGGAACUUUCUAGAAAGUUCGUUUCCAGUGGAAGAUAAUGGAAGCGCUGUGCUGUUCACUACGAGGAGGCAGGAAGAGAAGCUGCUUCGGAUUCGAAACAAAUACAUUUCUUACAACAUGGCCUGCCGCGAUCAAGACACAUGGUGGUAUAUGUUUCGUGCUGGCUUGUUUGGUUCCGAGGGCUGCCCUGCUCAACUCGAGGAAGCUGGUAAGAAGAUUCUUCACAAUUGCAGGAGUCUUGGUAUCGUCGUAUUGAAGGUUCUUCUCCACCUAAUGAAGGCGGAGAAGACGGCGCAGUACUGGAACCAACUAGCAUCGGACCAACAAAAUCCCAUUUUCACGGUUGAUGAUGAAUUAUCCCAGAUGUGUAAAAUCCAAGAAGAUCUAUCGAGUGAGAGUUACUCAUUUCUUGAUGAAGAGGAAAAAGGUCUACUUCUUGAGUUUGUUGACUUCUCUAAACAUAUAGAAGAUAUAAAGAAGGAGAUUUUGCCCCAAAUGUUCUUCCCUAAAAUGUUGACUAUUUCCUUCCUUGGGAUGGCGGGUAUUGGUAAGACCACGCUCGUUAAGGAAAUCUUUGAAGAUCCGAUGAUCCGGUGCUGCUACUACCACCACUUGUGGUUAACAUUAGGCCCUGAAUAUGUAUUCGAAGAAAUCAUGGUGGAUAUUCUUUCUCAAGUAUGUCCGGACAUUGAUAAAGAUGGAAUAAAACAAGAUGAGGAUUUAGCAAAGAGAUUGUGUGAAGAGGUAUUGGAUAAGAAAUGUCUGAUUGUUUUGGAUGAUGUGUGGAGCAUAAAGCCAUUGGAAUACAUGAAAAGGUUAUUCCCCAAUAUCAAGGGUGCAGCCUUGGUAACAACUAGGCUAGCAAAAGUAGCACAUAGUGGAGUAGAUGAUCCUGUUUGUAAAAUGCAGUUGUUAGAUAAAGAAGAGAGCUGGGAUCUUUUCUGUGAGGAGGUAUUCGGAGAAAUGAUAUGCCCCAUUCGACUUGAGAAAGCCGGGAAAAAGAUUGUGGAGAAUUGUGAAGGUCUUCCUCUUAUGAUUGUCAUGGUUGCUAGCCUCCUCUCUCGUGUUGAGCAAACCACUGCAGUUUGGAACGAUGCAGGGCAGAAAAAUUCUCAGAUUUUUAUGGAUGCAUAUUAUCAAAUCUCAAAGGUAUUAGUUUCAAGCUAUAAGCAAUUGCCUCAAUACUUGAAAGUGUGCUUUCUCUAUAUUGGGAUUUUCCCUCAGAAUAAGGAGAUCCCAACCUCCAAGCUCAUCAUAUUCUGGAUUGCUGAGGGAUUUCUCGAACCAAAUUCAGGCAAAACCAUGCAAGAUUAUGCUGUAGAAUGCUUGUUAGAGCUUGAAAGCCGAAGCCUAGUCAUGGUUAGCCAGCAGAGUUCUAGUUUCAAGAUUAAGGCCUGCAGCCUGCAUUGUGUUUUCUGGCAUUUAUCCAAUAAUUUAGCAACGCAGAGCAAUUUUUUUCAAGCCUUUAGCACUCUUGCUGAUCGCAGAGUAGGGAAUGUGGAGAUGCAGCGGAGAUUAUGCAUUCGAAAUAGCACUUUAUUUGGCAUCGAAGAUGUGCACGACUUGAUUGCAUCCAUUUCAGCUACGCGUUCUCUGAUAUGUGCUUCUCCAUCUCUUCAGUAUCCGGUGCCAGUUUGUUUCGGGUUGAGGCUGCUAAGGUUGAUGGAUGCUCUUGCAAUUCGUCUCUACGAGUUUCCCACUGAAGUAGUGGAUUCAUAUUUCUUGAGAUACCUUGCUCUUACAUACAAUGGGAGCAUCCCUCCUUGUAUUUCCAAACUGUGGAACCUUCAGUUUAUUAUUAUAAGUCGGCCUCUCAGCAUCGUAUCAUCUUCAGAUUCGUCGUAUCUACCAAUGGAGAUAUGGGAUAUGGAGAAACUGAAGCAUCUUCAGAUUGCAGGGAGCAACCUACCAGACCCUAAUGGUAGUGUUGCAUUACGGAAACUGUCAACUCUCAUAGGCGUGGGCUCUCGUAGUUGUACCAAAAAAGUGCUUAGGAGAGUCUCGGGUUUGAAGAGAUUAGGGAUUUGCAUUGAGCUCGAGCCUGAUGAGAAUGAUGAUCCCUAUCGUUGCUUGAACAAUAUAUCCCGUCUCCGGAGACUAGAAUCACUUAAAUGCGUGGUUGUGAAUCCUGACUUUAUGCCAGAGCGGGUGUCUCCACCCGCUCCUCGUUCAAUGUUCCCAUGGGGUCUUAAAAAGUUGAGCUUGAGCGGGCUCGGGUACCCAUGGGAAUAUAUGAAGAUAAUUAGCAAGUUGGAAAAUCUCGAAGUGCUCAAAUUGCGAUGCUACGCCUUUCAAGGACCGGAGUGGGAGUUGCAUGACGAUGAUUUGUAUGCACUUCGGUUUCUUUUAAUUGAAGACACUGAUUUGGUUCGUUGGAAAUUCUCGGCUACGUGUUUCAUAAACCUCAAGCGUCUGUGCAUCAAGCACUGCUACCAAUUGGAAGAGAUCCCGCCUGAGCUGUGUACAAGUGUGGAAACAAUUCAAGUUGUUGAUUGCAACCCUAUGGUUCAAAAUUGGGCAAAGGAUUUGGAGAUGAGAGCAUAUGAUAUCAUUUCUUCAUGGGAUCAUGCAACAAAAUCUUGAAAGAUGAAAAUCAG